AUGGAUCGCACUAUUUGGCAGAGCAGUGAAGGAAUGGAAGGGACGUGGGUUAGGGGUGAAGUCGCCUAUACUUAUGGUUCUGUGCAUAAGAUUAUUUUGAAAGCAUUAGCCAAGAAAUUAGACGACGCCGAUCGGGCCUACAGAGGAUAUGUGGCUGUCGAUGACGUCCAGUUCCAGCCCAUUGAUGAAGCAGAGGAACAGUGCAAAGGUCACUGCACUUUCGAAGGGGGUCUUUGCAGUUGGACUAAUCAGGAGGAAAACGAUGAAUUUGAUUGGACUCUCGGCAGAGGCUCUCAAAACAUAUUUACGGGUCCGUCACGUGAUUUCACAAGUUUUGGUCAAAAUGAACAGUCGGGAGGAUUUGUGUACAUCGAGUCAUCAUUUCCCCGAAGACCCGGUGACAGAGCAAUGCUUGUCAGUCCUCUUAUGAACCCAACAGAGGAAAGCAAUCCAUUGUGUAUGAAAUUCGCGACUCAUAUGUAUGGCAACGGAAUCGGAACCUUAAGGGUUAGGCUUAGAUAUACCGGCGAUGAGGAAAGGCCUGAAAAGAUAUUAUGGGAAAUGAAAGGAGAGGCCGGGAAUAAUUGGUACUUGGGUCAGGUGCCUGUCUCAUCUCCCGCUCAGGCAUAUCAUGUCGUUAUAGAAGGAAUUGUUGGUCAAAACUCAUUGGGAAACAUUGCAAUCGACAACUUAUCGUUUCAAGUGGGCACCUGUCCCAUAUCGCCGCAAACUGCAUCGAGAGGUAGUGGUGACUGUACUUUCGAGGAGAAC